AUGGAGGACUCGAGACGAAUCAACGUGACCAUGACUGCAGGAGAAUACGAGCUCUUCAAGGAGGCCAAGAAGCGAGCGACCUCGGAAAAACAACAAACGACUGCCUCCCAACUAAAGAAGCUACCUGAAGUUUCUAAAGAACCUUCUCAUGCCUCUGAUCAAGGCUCUAAGCGAAAACAACCUCUAGACUUUCCUCCGGCUUUCUAUAGAGAGUCAGGUCGGGGGAGAGGGAAAUCUAUCAUUCCCUGCGAAGAGCACCGGUCAGAACCGGAAGAGAAAGUACCCUUCUCUUCCAAAAUCUUGGAGGAAAAGCUACCGAAGGGAUAUCGAUCCCCUGCUAUAGGGGAAUAUGAUGGCAGUAAAGACCCUGAAGACCACCUUCGCAAGUUCAGGAACGUAGUUCUGCUGCAUCAGUAUAGUGACGACAUUAAAUGUCGGGUCUUCCUAAACACCCUGUCGGGCUCUGCCCAGAAAUGGUUCGAUGGACUGUCACACGGAUCCAUCAUGUGUUUCUCUGACUUCAAGAUUGCAUUCCUGCGGCACUUCGCUAGCAGCAAGAAGUAUCAAAAGACUAAUCACUGCUUGUUUACUCUCAAGCAGGGGUCUGCAGAGUCAUUGAGAAGCUAUAUCAAGCGCUUCAAUCAAGUGACUCAAGAUGUUCCCUUGGCCACAUCCGAAAUACUUAUGAGCGCCUUCUCCCAUGAAAUCACUGAGGGAGAGUUCUUUCAGGAGCUCAUUAGAAAUCCCGUAAAGAAUUUCGAUGAGAUGCUGGAGAAGGCGGCUAGCUACAUCAACGUAGAGGAAGCGCAGGAGGCACGAAGGAAGGCGGACAAGUCACCUCCAGCUACUAACAAACCGGAGAGAAGAGCACCUCAACCGCCUGCUCAACCUCUCCCACGUGCUCGGGAUGCUCGACUGACUUUCCAACCCGGGCAGGAUGCUCGACCGGUCCCACAUGUAGCUGCAGUUCAGGUCCCUCGACCUGGACCCUGGGGACCACGUUAUUGCACAUACCACCGGUCCCACACGCACGCCACCAACGACUGCUUCCAAUUUGCUCAUGAUUCUAGGCGCGCUGUGGAGCUGGGUUUACCACCCAUUGAGUUGGCUCCUUAG